AUGAUGAUGAUACUGGUGAUAGCCAUUCUCUUUCUUAUUACUGUUGUUUUAACUAUUAUUUGGCAAGUUCUUACACAAAUAUGUACAUAUAAGAACUAUGACGCUGAAAAGUACAAACAUAGAGACUUUACAGAGAAUGUUGUAGAAGUUAUCCCAAGUGUUGCUAACAGUGAAACAUGCAAGGAAAAGAGGUUGACACUUUGUGCGGAAGAAAUAGCUGAUUGUAUAAAGGUGAACUAUGAAGAUGAAGAAGUACAGGAACACAAGGACUUUAUAGAGAAUGUUGUAGAUGUUGUCUCAGAAACAGUGGGCUGGAGAAAUCCUGAAUUUAAAACUCAUCCUAAACUACCAAAUGGAAGUUUCUAUCAAGAAACAAAAGUUGAAAUUCCGAAUGAGUUUGACUUUUUAAAUCCAUUAAAUAUUUCUACAGAAAUCAGAGCAGGAGUACAAAAUACUAAACAAGUCUUUAUUGACAAAAAAAAGUAUCCUAGAUUCAAAAAUAAAUAUGACUAUAGUGAUUUUUUAAGUCUAUCAAGUUAUCCUCAAGAAAUUGUAAAGCAAGGCAUGGAGGAACUCCAUCCAUAUGAUAAUAUUCUUAAACAACUACAGAGAGCUGUCUCUGAAGCUUUAGAUAUGCUACAAGGAAAAACCAGAACAAUCGGACAAUUCGAAAUGCGAAGGAUACCCAAUGGAUGUGAAAAUUGGUCAUAUAGUCUCGAGAAUAAUCUCAUAAGCAGACUGCUGUACAGAGGAAAGCGAUUUGUUUACAAAGGUCAAUGUGACCUCAAGGCCAGUAAAAGGGAAUUUUCAGAUUCAAAGAAUGCGGACCCAAGGACACUGGGACUCAAUGAAGCAUUACUAGAUACCAAUACUGAUGGACCAUGUAUAACCCUAGCUAUCGGUGGCCCACUCUGUGUGACAUACAUGGAUAUGACAUUAUGUAUAGAAGACAAACAGGAGAGUAAACAGAGGAGAAACGGGGGAAAAUACUUUGUUCUGCCUAGGAAAAACUUGGAUGCGUGGAUGCGUACUGAAUAUAAACCUGGGAACAAAGAACUUGACAAACAUCACAGAAAGAUCUUGAUGAUUCUCAAAUACUGCUUAAUUGAGUGUAAAAAAUAUCAAUAUCGAUCAAAAUACAAUUCCCAUGUAUUAAAGACUCUUGUCCUCAACCACCGUGACAAAUGUAAAGGUAGAACAUUACUAGGGAGGUGUUUCGAUGAUGUAUCUCAAAAAGUAUUCAGACUUGGAAUUGAGAGUGAUGAAGCAAAUAGUGAAAAUCUAAUCAUAUGUUCAAAGUGGUUGAAAAGUCUUCCCAAUGUUGGCUAUCCUGGUGGUGAUGUUAUUGAACAAUCAGAUGAUCUGAAGCCUUGUGACAUAUUAUUCACACUUGUACUCUACAUUCUAGUAGAGUUCAUGAAAUCUUCCCCAGAGGCUGUCGACUUGCUACAUACCAGAGAGGCUCUGUCUAUUUGUCUACAAUUGAUCUGUAAAUACAGCAUGCAGUUGACAGACAUUCAUAUUACCAGUGACUCUGAGUUAAAAUAUACUAGCAAUAUUACAAUGACAUGCAUUAAUGAUUGCAUCAGCCAACUUAGAGAUCUGAGACACAAAGGCAAUGAACUCAACAUUCUCUUAUCCUCUCCUCCAUUUCCUUAUGAACCAUAUUGGCCUGACCCUAACAACCCUAUUUGUAUCAGUCUGGCAGGGGAUGUCGAGAUAAUAUCCAAGGAUAAAAUGUUGGAAGAGUGGGACAAGUGGAAGAAUUUGAUUACGAAGAAUCUAGAAUAUGAGAAACAAAGUAACACACAUCAAGGAGAAUUAAGACGCCAGGAGGAGAUUAAACUUAAAGAAGAAAUUAAAGUUCGGGAGGAGAUGAAAGAAGAGGUGAAUAGACAGGAGAGGAUUAGAUGGGAGGAGAUCAGACAGGAGGUGAUCAGUCAGGAGAAAAUCAUAAAGAAGAACAUAGAGUAUAACUUCAUAAAAGUGGAUAUUGAUAUCAUAGUGAGGAAGAUCAUGGAGGAGUACAAACAAGUGAUGGGAAAUGAAAAGGAUAUACAGGAGGAUAUCAGACAUGAGAUCAUAAAUGAGAUGAGGAGACAGGAUAUGAUCAGACAGGAGGUGAUCAGACAGGAGAAGAUCAUACAAGAGGAGAACAUAGAGUAUAACUUCAUAAAAGUGGAUAUUGAUAUCAUAGUGAGGAAGAUCAUGGAGAAGUACAAACAAGUGAUGGGAGAUGAAAAGGACAUACAGGAGGUGAUCAGGGAGAAGAUCAUGAAGAACACAAGAAGAAGAACACAAGAAGAACACAGGAACACAAGGCAUAGGUCCAUAGAGGCAUAUUUUGAAGAGAGGAAUAUCAUAGAGAACAAAAGGAUAUAUGAAAAGGAUAUACAGAAGGAUGUCAGACAUGAAAUCAUAAAGGAAAUGAGGAGACAGGAGAUGAUCAGACAGGAGGUGAUCAGACAGACAAAGAUCAUAAAGAAGGAGAACAUACAGUAUAGCUCCAUAAAGGUAAUUGAUAUCAUAGCGAGGGAAAUCAUGGAGAAGUACAAAGAAGUAAUGGGAGAUGAAAAGGAUAUACAGAAGGAUGUCAGACAUGAAAUCAUAAAGGGAUUGAGGAGACAGGAGAUGAUCAGACAGAAGGUGGCUUUAAAUCAAAAAUCACAUGAACAGGAAAAAGAAUGGCUCAACAUGGAGACAAAAAGGAAAGCAUCAUGCUAUGGUAUGAAACAUAGUAACACUUUUUACAACAGAGAGACAUUAAAAAGAACAAAAUCAAAACCUUUAAAAACAGAUCAAUUAAAAUGCAACAUAAGUCGACAUCACAAAAGAAAAGCAAAUUGUAAAAUGAAAUUGGAUUUCAAUAAAUCAGACAGAAAAAUGAACUCAACAUUUAAACUGAAGAAGAAAUCGGAGAGUAGAAAUCAAGCAGGAGGUAAGAAGUCAGGUGGUGGAAGAAGAAACAUAAUGAAAGCAAAUAUAAGGAGAACAUUACAUGAGGGAAUGUAA